AUGUCCCUCGUAAAACGCUUGUUUGGAUCCUCACCACAUCAGCAUCACACAUUCAGACCCAUCCGAUCUAGAAAUCCACUCUAUAACUUUCUAUCUUCCUUUACAGACAAUGACAUUGUUCAACCCUUAGUCCAUUCACCCUUCUCUACAUUCAAUUCUCCACUCGUGGAUGUGAAGGAAAGUCCAACACAAUUCGAACUCAUUGCAGACGUUCCUGGUUUCAAGAAGGAAAAUAUUCACUGUACCAUUGAUGAAGAAACACAAACUCUCAUUCUUCAAGGAGACAAAGAAAGUAAGGAAGAAAAGGAUUCACAGUAUAUUCUACAUGAACGUUUCAAUGUUGGGUUUUCUAGACAGUUCGAUAUUCCUGAUAAUGUUAAAAUUGAUGAAAUCAAAGCAAGUAUUAAGGAUGGUCAAUUGAGAUUAAUCAUUCCAAAGAGUGAAAGCUAUCAGCCACAUCCAGUUCAUUCUGAAAAAGUCAAAAAUAUACAAAUUGAGGAAUAA